CAACCACUUCCUCGAGUGCAUUGAUUCUGAAGCCCACGGUGCAACUGAAGCUACAAAUUCACAAGAAUUACCAAAUUUUACUCAUCUUCUUGAUCUCAGAUAGCAAUGGCACCUCCCAAAUCAGAUGAUGCCUCUCAAGCCUUGAAGCCAGAGAUGAAGCCUGCACCCCCUAGAUCUAGUGCUGACAGUACCAUUGCUAAACCCACACCUGAUGGGAUGGGCAGCGAGACUUCUAAAUCUUUGUACGCAUGGGAUACUACUACCGCUGGUGUCUACGGGCAGUUCAUUAAACCAGUGGCCAUCAAUGAGAGCAAGUUUAGACUCGUGGACCAGCUUUACGAAGUCACAGAGAUCAUUGGUGCUCCAAACAGCUUGAACCUAUUUAUAAUCUACGAUGAGAUCCUGAACAACCUUCUUCCUGCUUUUCAGAGCCCCGAGCUCUCUAAGCAACAGAACGAGAUUCAGAAGUGGCUGCUCAAGAAGGUCAAGGCACAACCCUGGAUUAUUAAACUGCUUGAAACACAGCAAAGCAGACAUUCGCUGCAAAAGAAAGCACCUCAAGGUGCAGCAAGUGCGCUCUCGAAGCCCACUUUUGCCAUCAGUAACAAGCUGACUGAGGAGAAGAAGAUCAACCAUCUCGAGCUUAGCACUGCUCUAUAUGAGGAGUAUCUCUACGCAAAGCAGAUCUGGGAACUCGAGACCCUCGCACAUACUACAGCAGUUCGACAGGCUCAACUCGUGUCAAAGUGGGGAGACGCCAUUGUACGUGGAUAUUACCACAAUGUGCGAGAAUACAUGGGCUACAUGGACAUCAAGAGUGCUUCUGAGGCAUUGCAGGAUGCAAAAGAUUCUCUGCGAGAGGCGGCCAUGAGUUCAUUAGAUGGAGCUAUGAAGGUCUAUCCUGUCCAACUCUCUCCCAUCGAUUGGUUCGAAGGUCUCUCUACAUCGUUCACAAUGGAAGAUCUCACGGAGAAUUCUGAGGUCAUCAAACAGCAGAUUGAUGUGAAAUCUCAACAGCUUGAUAUGCUAAACGCACAGUUGGCUGCUCUCAUUGGAAACAUAAAAGGAAAUGUGCAGGAGCUCAAACAGAAGGUCGAUGCUGCACAAGGCAACCUGGAUACAGCACAGGUGAAGCUGGCUUCGAACUACACCAAUAACAUGGUAUCCAUGGCGAAGACUUGUAUCAAUGCUGCGGGCCAACUGAACAGGCCACAGUUAGACAUAAUCGGGGUGAGGUUUGGAUUUGCUAAAAGCAUCAUUGACGAUCUAGCAUCAGGUCUUCAGGUGACUGCAACUGCCAAUGACAAUCUUACUAAGGCUGCUUGAGCAUACACCCAAGUGCUUUCUGGCCUAGCGUUAGCGCAGGCAACAGAUAUGAAACAGCAACAAGAGCAAAUCAAACUGCAGAUUACGGGCACUCAAAAGCAAAUUGAUGAGCUUACUGAUCAAUACCAAGCUUUGAACAAGGCCGGCACAGGUGCAGGGGGACCUCAGGCAGUCAAUAAAGAUGGCAAGAAACUACCAGAUAAAGG